AUUUACGACAUCGCUCAAGGCUUGCACGUUCCACAGAUAAAAGUCUUGGCAAAACAGCCACAUUCUUGCCUAAAUAUCUCUCAAUUUUCGCCUUCACAUUUUAUUCACGUUUGCACUGACAGUGACAUGGUUCGAUCUUGCAACGAUCGCGAAAACUUAUCUCCACCAAGUACGAGAGCAAUCAUGGAAGUCUUACGCUCUCGUAAUUUCCUGCAUCUCGUUAAUUCAAUCAGGCAGUCUGUCACGUAGCCGACUAUUUUUAGAAGCGAAAUUCAUUAUGUCCGCACGAUAAAAAUGGUAUAAAAGACACAACAAGUCGAGGAAAGAUUCUCAACUCGCAGCUUCACAAUAAUGUUCGCUCGCAUCUCAGCCUUCUCUCUCGCUAUUCUAGCUCUGCCUCUCCUCGUGGCUAGCAGUGCCGUCCCGAAGCAAGAGACCAACACGAACGUUACCGGCGGGAUGUGCAACACCGGUUCAGCCCAGUGCUGCAAGUCCGUUCAGGACCCCAAAUCCGAGGCCGCCCAGAAUGCACUUGGUCUUGUGGGAGUUCCUAUUGGUGAUAUCACCGCCAAUGUUGGUCUCACCUGCGACCCCAUCACGGUGAUUGGUCUCGGCACCACCUCUUGCUCUAACCAACCGGUGUGCUGCGAGAACAACAGCUUCAACGGCGUUGUUGCUCUGGGCUGCACUCCCAUCAAUGUGGCAGCCUAAAUAUGGACUACAUGAUUUGUUUUUGAGUUGUUUCUAAUUAACAUUGAUAUUUUGGUGAUUUCAUGAGAUUCUGGCUCGAUGGUAUCGAGAGAAUAUAUUUCGUAAGACUGCUUCGACAUACAGAUAUGUGUAAACAACGGAUAUCUCCAAAUAGAGGAAAUGCUAGCUAAGUCCUGCG